AUGGCAACGACGGUUAAGAAGUGCCUCAAGCUGCACAAGCUCUUCGUAAACGAGCUGGCGCGCAGUACCCGUCUCGAGUCGGAAGGUUCUCAGGUGUUGUCCUCGCUUUCCAAUGUCAGUCAGCGAGUCCCAACCUUGUUGCAGUCUAGUAGUGCGAGAUCCGACGCGAAUAGUGACGCCGAGGGCAAUGUGGAGGUGAUGGGAGUGUUAAGCUACUCCUGCAACACUCAGGAAUUGCUACUUCAGAAGCACUUUUUGGCCAUGGAAAAGAGCCGCGGGUUCUUGGCGGAUAUUCUUCGGGACUACCAAGAGUUGCUUCGUCAUAUUCGGUCUUUUACGUGCGAGUGUGUGACACUUGUUGAUGACGCAUUCAUCGAAGGGGACGACUCUUUAAGUGUCGAGGACGAAAUGGCAAUUUUGACUUUCCCCUUGCAGCUGCAAGAGUGGAUGGAGACGGUGCUGGCAAUGCUUGAACAUGAAGUGCUGCGGAAAACGAGGCUCGUGGCGGACCUGGAGUACAAUGACACGGGGAGAUUGAGUCGUGUGGCCAAGCAGUGGAGCUCCCAGGGAGCCAUGGGCAACGUCGACAACGACUUCGGCUAA